UGCCUUUCUCCCCAAAGGAGGAGAUUUCUUGCGGCGCUUCGUUGCUGAAUCCGUCAGCGGCGUGGUUUUCUCUCUUGGAUAUUAAAAUUUGCAUCCUAAGAUAAUGACAUUUCAAAGACUCCAGGUGUUGAUUGGAGUGUUUAUUUGCUCUUCCUGUGUAAAAGGAUCCUCGCAGCCUCAGGCCAGGGUGUUCUUAACCUUCAAUGAACUACAGGAAACCAAGACAUCCCAGUUUUACUCUCUUUCCCAUCACCCCUUAGACUACAGGAUAUUAGUGAUGGAUGAAGAUCAAGACCGGAUCUAUGUUGGCAGCAAAGAUCAUAUUUUGUCUUUGAAUAUCAAUAAUAUAAGCCAGGAGCCACUGAGCAUUUUUUGGCCAGCAUCAACAACCAAAGUCGAUGAGUGCAAAAUGGCUGGCAAAGAUCCUACGCAUGGUUGUGGCAAUUUUGUUCGGGUGAUCCAGACGUUCAACCGCACCCACCUUUAUGUGUGUGGGAGUGGAGCAUUUAGCCCUGUAUGUGCAUAUCUCAACAGAGGACGAAGAUCUGAAGAGCAGGUUUUCAAGAUUGACUCCAAAUGUGAAUCAGGGAAGGGACGCUGCUCUUUCAACCCCAGUGCAAACACUGUCUCUGUUAUGAUCAACCAAGAACUAUUUUCAGGCAUGUACAUUGAUUUCAUGGGGACGGACGCUGCCAUUUUUCGCAGCUUAACCAGGCGGAACGCAGUGAGGACGGAUCAACACAACUCUAAAUGGCUAAGUGAGCCGAUAUUUGUGGAUGCCCAUCUCAUCCCAGAUGGCACUGACCCUAAUGAUGCUAAAGUGUACUUCUUCUUCAAAGAGAAGCUGACCGACAACAGUGGCACGACCAAGCAGAUCCACUCCAUGAUUGCCAGAAUAUGCCCCAAUGACACGGGUGGACAGCGUAGUCUUGUAAACAAAUGGACAACUUACCUGAAAGCAAGACUUGUGUGUUCAGUCAUGGAUGAUGAUGGCACAGAGACCUAUUUUGAUGAAUUAGAGGAUGUUUUUCUACUAGAAACAGAUAACCCGAGAACAACACUUAUAUAUGGCAUUUUCACUACCUCCAGUUCUGUAUUUAAAGGCUCAGCAGUCUGCGUGUAUCACUUAUCCGAUAUCCAGCGAGUGUUCAAUGGACCAUUUGCACACAAGGAAGGACCAAACCAUCAGCUUAUUCCCUAUCAGGGAAGAAUUCCUUAUCCACGACCAGGGACUUGUCCUGGAGGAGCCUUCACACCCAACAUUCGGACAACCAAGGAGUUUCCAGAUGAUGUGGUCACCUUCAUCAGGAACCAUCCCUUGAUGUUUAAUUCCAUCUAUCCACUCCAUAAGAGGCCAUUAAUUAUUCGGACAGGCACAGACUACAAGUACACAAAGCUAGCUGUUGAUCGUGUUAGUGCUGCAGAUGGAAGAUACCAUGUUUUGUUUCUUGGAACAGACCAGGGAACGGUGCAGAAGGUGGUGGUACUGCCCACUAACUCAUCAGCAACUGGAGAGCUCAUCUUAGAAGAACUGCAAGUUUUUCAGAAUAAUGCUCCGAUAACAACAAUGGCCAUCUCAUCUAAAAAGCAACAGUUGUACGUGAGCUCUGAUGAAGGAAUCACCCAGGUUUCCUUACACCGUUGUCACAUCUAUGGAACAGCCUGUGCCGAUUGCUGUCUGGCCAGAGACCCUUAUUGUGCCUGGGAUGGCAAUUCCUGCUCCAGGUUCUACCCAACGGGCAAAAGGCGGAGUCGAAGACAAGAUGUGAGACACGGAAAUCCCAUGACUCAGUGUCGAGGAUUUAACCUCAAAGCUUACCGAAAUGCAGCUGAGGUCAUUCAGUAUGGAGUCAAGAAUAACACCACUUUCCUUGAGUGUACACCUAAAUCUCCACAAGCUUCUGUUAAAUGGCUUUUGCAAAAGGACAAUGACAGAAGGAAAGAGGUCAAACUCAGUGAAAGAAUCCUAGCAACUCAACAAGGGCUUUUAAUUCGCUCAGUGCAAGAAGCUGACCGUGGACUUUACCACUGUAUUGCAACAGAAAAUGGCUUCAAGCAAACAAUAGCCAAGGUUAACUUCAAGGUUUUGGAUUCAGACACGGUGGCCUUCAUGACUGAAAAGUGGUCUCCAUGGACCUGGGCCAGUUCACUCCAUGCUUUGCAGUUUCAUCCAAAGGAUCUGGCUGGGUCUUUCAGUCACUCAGAACUGCAGAUGAUUAAUCAAUAUUGCAAAGACACACGGCAACUUGGGCAGCAGGCUGAAGAUCCCCAGAAGAUGAGAGGGGACUAUGGCAAACUAAAAGCCCUUCUCAACAGCCGGAAAAGCAGGAACCGCAGAAAUCAGUUGCCUGGGUCUUAAGGGCUGACCUCUGUCAUCAAACUUCUUUUUUGUCACCAUUGUCAUCUUGUAUCCUCACUCAAGGGAUUUGUGUUUAUUUGGUGGUUUUGUUUCCCUGCUGAGAGUAGAGCUAAACAGUACUAAAGCACACUCUGUAAAAGUUCAGGACAUGCAAACUGUCUAAGCUAAAAACAGAAAAGCGGAGACCAGAUCCAAAGAGAUUCCCAUUGUGAAGUAACCUAUUGACUCCACCUUGCGUUCACUCUCUAAGUCUGAUGAUGAGCCUUAACAGAGAGUAUUAUGCCAUGUUUCCAUGUCAGCUUUGUUUUCUUGAUAAGGAGAGCAGAUGAUGAUGCACUGAAUGUCCAGCUUGGAAUAAUGCAAGGUGGGAAGAAAGAGUUGGUUAAAAGAAAGAGUGGGUUGGAGUGGUCCUUAUAGGCAGGUCUUCCAUCUACAUAUAUAAUUGUGUGUGUGUGUGUGUGUGUGAUUCUCUGUUUCCGGUACAUUGCAUUGGAAAACUAGCCCUUGUGGAUGCCCAAAUUCAAAAGUCAAUAUCCCAGGUUAAUGCCACAAAAGUAUCAUGCUCACUAGGAAUUAUGGGGUUAUGAGUAUACCGCAACUAGAGAGCACCAGAUUCAGGAAGGCUAAUCUCACCACUGUGAGUGCAUUUACCAUUUUCAGUUAGCAGACAUCAAAAGUGUUCAGCUUCCAUUGUGUAUUUGUAUAAAAAGGAACUUAAAAGCAGAUAUACACCUCCAAAACUACAAGACCCAUAUCAAAUGAAGGAGAAGAGUAGCAUGAACGUAAAUAUUUACUGGAAGUUACAAUAAUUUAUUUUAUUACACAUCUCACAUGUAGUACAAUAAUACACGCAAUAUACAUAACACACAUAGUUAAUUAUGUGUAGACAGAUUUACAUCAGUAAUUUGAUUUAAUUAGGAAUUUGAAAAAUGUCUUAAAUUGAACCUGAAAAAAGUUAAUGAAAUACCCACCUGCAACCCUCAGAGAUAUACAGCAUAGCCUCCAUAAUGAUGGGAAAGUUAUCAGUACAGAUAUAGAUAUAUAGAUACAUAUACAAGUACAAAUACAAAUACAUACAGGUGGCUGUGUUCCAUUGUAUUCAUUGUAUUGUCCAAUCUCUUGUGUAGUGAUAUAAUCUGUUCAUGAUAUGUGUUCAUAAAGUGCAAAGGAAACAUAGACCUGUACCAAGGCCACCCUUAGCAACACCAAAAAUUAAGUCUUCUCCAUUAGCUUCAUUCCACCCUUCUUGCGCUGAGAAGGUGGGUCAGAAAGGACAUUCUUAGUACAUUCAUCUGAAUACAUUUAGAAUCUUCUGCAUGAUCUGGAAUGUUGGGUUUCCAGUCAUGGAAGAUCUUAAAGUAUCUGGCUUUCCAUGCUCUAUGGGGGAUGGUCAAGAGUGAAGUCCAAGGAGAAGAACAUAUGGAAGUGCAGUUGGCACCUGUGCCACCAGUUCCCUCCAAUUUGUGGUCAAGUGUUGAUAGUGGGAUAAUGAUGAAAAAUCUGUACUUUCAACUCUAUCAUUUUCUCAUUUAUCUUCAUGUUAAAUUUAAUUAAAUUCAGCAAUAGCUUGUGAUUCUUUUGAAGACCACUCAACAAUAUGGCUAUCUCUACUAAUGUAUGCCUUUGGUAUGCAGUUUUCCCUAAUAUGUGCACACAUUCUUUAUUUAUGCAUUUUUAACUUUUUUAACAGGAGAAUUGCAUUGCAAAAUUCAAAGAAGUACAAAUAAUGAUGGCAUCUGCAUAAGGCAGAAUAUUCAUUUGAGAAAUGUGAGUCAAGUAGGAACAUACAAAAAAGUGAACCAAGCAAAUUGAUUCCUUGUCCGUAGUCUGGACUGAAAGGUUCAGAGUCAUCCAGUUUUCCCCUGAGACGCUCUCAAGAAGCAGCUGUGCCAAACAGCCUCUAAUACCAUUUUGGUCUUGUGUGAAUUCUACCUAAUCUAUGCGCUCUUCUAACAGCAUUUCAUGCAAACUGAGAGGUAGUUAUCAAAUCUGUUGUGGUUUACCCCACCCCGGGUCAGGGUAUUCUUUCUCCAAGACAUUUCUCAAACAGAUGUUUAGCUUCCCACACAAAUAACUCCCAGUUCUCAUGUAUAACCAAUUUUGUAAUUUAAAUAAAUUACAAAGCAUACCUAAAGAUGAACAGCUUCAUGCCCUUUUUAAAGCACUUAACCAAAUUUCUCUUAAUGUUGCAGAGUUUUCAACCUCCCCAAGAGUAAAAUAAGCCUGUGUAAGCAUAACUCCACUUUGCCUCCAUUUUUAAUCUUCCUUGUGAUAACUUCUAUCAAUGGGAGGUUUUGUUUCCUCUUUACUAAACCUUCCACUGAUCAUAAAGAAAUGAAUAAAGCUGCCAACUUCUA